GGUCCUGGAACAUGGGAAAUAAAAGAAACGAAGGGCUUCCUCUCGGCCGGAGGACCCUAAGCCCAAAACUCGAAAGGUGAGGAGAAAAAUCAUUGCGCUUUCGAUCGACUCGGUCCAUCGACUGAGGGAGGAAGAAGAAGAAGAAGAAGAAGAAGAAGAAGAUAGCUCCUCGGCUUUGAUAGUCUGACCUACAGAGGCAGUCGAGGUUGCUAGAGUUGCUGAGCCGAUGGCGGUCGUGCCCAUCGAGGUUGGUUCCGAAGACCUAAGUCUCGAUCGGAGUACUCCGAGUGAUUUGCUCGGGGCAAUGGCAAUGGGUCAUUCACCUUCCCUUCCAUCUUUUUCUGAGGAGGCGUUGAAAGAGGCUCGAGAACUGAAGACUCCCGACAUUGGUGCUGGCUUAGGUGCAACGGAUCCUUUUAAGGAUUGUUUUACUGGUGUUGAUGACAGUUCCGAUAUCGGUGAUGCUUCUCUUUUGUUAGAGGAAGCUCAGCGUUUUAUUACUCGGGCCAUCGGUAGGUUCCGAGUUGAUCUUAGACAGUGUGAAUGA